AUGGAAGGCUCCCGACAAGUCAGCUCUCUCGAGGCGAAGGACAUCGUCUCAAUCCUCAUCUCAUCCGACUUCCUCCAGAUGCAAAAGUUGGUGGACGAGUGCCUGAAGGCGAUGCAUGAUGCCCUCGCAGACAUCUUGCCGCUUCCGCUUGACCUAGGCUGCAUCCCAGACCGCCUCGUGGCGUCGCUGGCUGCCCUCUUUCGGCCGGAGGAGCUCCAGGAGCUGGAGGACCCCAGGGAUCGUUUGAAGAGCCGACUAUGGGCCCAUCUCCUUCACGCCCUCCUCGCGCAGGGGGACUGCGUGCUUCAUUGCUGUACCCGGUGCCAGCGCCUUUUCACCACCCGAGAACGCCUCUCCAAUGCCUGCCCAAAGACUGCAGGUUGUGGUGUCCAACCUUGCUUCGAGCAGCAGCUGCCAUUUGUCUUGCAGCACACCAUAGACACGACCUGGGAUGUGGGCGUCUUCCUAUACCAGCUUUGGAACCAAGUCGGACGGUCCUGGAACGAGCUUUACUGGAAGGUCUGGGCGCGGUUGCAGUACUUCCAGUGCAAGAUCUGCAAGAAGCACUUCUGCGGUCUGGAGCUGGGUGAGUGCCGGUACCAUCCGCAGGAGCCCGUCCUCAAUGAUGAGGGAUUCCUGGCCUAUCCCUGCUGCAAUGCAACGGCUGCAGCCGCGCCCAUUUGGCACCCAGGCUGCUGUGUCAAAGAGCACGAGCCCGACUUGGCCGGAACGACGGACCACAUCACCCUGGACCAGCUGCGGAGGCGCAUGCCCUACAUCGCUGCGGGAGCCAAAGACGCCCUGCUCGUUGUGGAGGCCAGAGACGUGUCCAGCCAAGGUGACACGAAAGAGGCGCCAGACCCUGGUGCGGUGGAAGAGCGCACACCGCGAGCUGCCGGGGCUGAUGGCAAAGAUCCACCGGAGGGAGAGGUCCAGGCCCCAAAGGCGACCGAUGCCAGCCCUGAGUGGUGUCACAAGGCACGAUACUGUUGCGACCCUCCGCCGGAGCAUCUUCCCACCGGCGCCAGCAGUGGCCGUGCUGGGUCCCGGCCCCGGCGGAGACCGCGCUCUGCAGCUUCGCACCGUGGCGAGGAGUCCCCGCGGCGGGCCAUGGAAUACAGGCUUCAGCGGUCGCCAUACGAUGACUCCAGCAGCCUGGACGACUUCUUUGUGGAGCAGGCCUCUGACAACUUUCCAGACCAGAGGCUUCCAACCUUCUUUGAGCCAAAGUUGCCGAAGGGGGUGGCAAAUCAGCGGAAACUUCAUCACAUGAUGGACGUGCUGAGGGAAGACGAUCGGCGCAGGAUGGAUGAGUUGGUGGCCCGCAGCUGUGUGUAUCAGUCAAGAGUCGCCUUCCAACGCCAACAAGCCUCGAUUGGGCCAAGCGCGGCCGAACGGCAGGUGCAAAAGUUGGCAUGGCUCGUGACUGGCUGGACCAGCUCUGGCCCACAGCAUCCGGACGUCUUGGGGAAGUCUGAGCCCAGGCCGCGGAGGUUGACACGGCCGAACGCGCUGCGAUGA